AGAAAAGAAGAAGACGAAGAAGAAAGAAAGAAAGAAAGAGCAUAAACGGCUCUAAUGGCGCAGGCCGUUCAGAAGAAUACUCUGUACGUCGGCGGUUUAGCGGAGGAGGUGAACGAAUCUAUUCUACACGCAGCUUUCAUUCCCUUCGGCGAUAUCAAAGACGUCAAGACUCCUUUGGAUCAAGCCACUCAGAAGCACCGUUCCUUCGGCUUUGUUACUUUCUUGGAAAAGGAAGACGCAUCCGCCGCCAUGGAUAAUAUGGACGGUGCUGAGCUCUACGGUCGUGUACUUACUGUCAACUAUGCCCUCCCUGAACGUAUCAAGGGUGGUGAACAAGGAUGGGCAGCCCAGCCUAUUUGGGCGGAUGCGGAUACGUGGUUUGAAAGGCAGCAACAAGAGGAGGAAAUGCAACGCAUUCAAGCUGAGAAUCGAGCGACUAUGGAGGCUGCGGAGGAGCUGCACAGGAAGAAACUAGCCCAAGAACGAGAAGGCGAAAAAGAGGAGGAGGUAGACACCAAGGAUGAUCCCAUGGCUAAGGCUGAAGCUGAGGUUUUAAGACAGAGCAGUUAAAGAGAUGGACUUGAUUGAGAUUUGAACUUGCUUCUUUCAAUCCAAGUGAAAAGAAAGUGAGAGGCAAAGCCAUUGAUAACCUGCCAUUCUCUGAGCUUCCUCUUCACAAUGGCACAUUCUUCUUCUGUUCUUGUAGUUAAUUUCAUUCACAAAACAUAGUUUGAUAAGCUGAAAAAUGUUUACCUUUGCUGAAAACUUGUAAUUUUAUUGAAAGAAUAGCUUAGAAAAUAGGAUUUCUUUUUUCUUUUUUUUAA